GAUUCCGCUAAGCCGCUUACACAUGGCUAUAGAAUUGCAGAAUUAAUUCGAAUGAAACUGGGGAAUGGGAAAUUAUUCUCUAAAGUAUCUGACCCCCCGAGCCAUUUAUCUAUUAUUGAUGCUAUCGGAUUCAGCGGUUUACGAGAAUUGAGUAAGUUGUUUCAUGGCUCGUUUAAAUUUACCCGAGAUCGAUAUCCUGACCACGAGCGGGAGGAAAGGUACACCUGAUGCGAACAGGGCGGUCCACAGCGGGAAUUUACUACUGGCGCACAUCCGGUGUCUUAAGAUACCCAGCGUCAGAUGGAUCUCCAAUGAGACCUGGAAACAAAAGCAGAGAAGAAUUUCACUCCAGUAGAACAGUCGAAGUACUUGGAUAUUCUUAACGUAAAAAUCGAUGUGUCGUCGUGUGAAUUACUCGUCGUGAUAUACGCAGACGUGUCUAUAAUCAACGCCUCUGAUGGUUGCGAAGAGAUUGUAGGCGCUCAAGGGGGCAAGGGGAAAUACUGAAGGAGAAAUGGAAUAUGGGGAAGCAGUGAAUGGAUAGUGGAUUCCAUCGUGAGAUCGCGUGCGCAAGUGCCUCCGCUAGCUUUAGGUGAACUACUUGUUUAUUCAAAUAUGUGUGGAUAUUUGGGAAUUUUGAUGUUGUUGUAUCUAUCUGGCAUCAAUGCUGAUUGGCAUGCAGAUUUUGGGCCCUGGUUCGUGCCCACUGAAGGGGAACCCUGGCCUUCGGUUAACAUGAGAAGUAUCCAGAAUGGAUUUUUAAUUCUGAGGCCGUCGACUUUUGAUAUUAAGUUGAAUCAAGAUUGUGAUAUCCUCACCGAAGCCAAAACCAGGUACAUGAGCAUAAUCACAUCGGAGAGUCAUUACGCUCGGCUGAAAUUCCCGAGGCCCGAGAUCAGGCGAUCACUUCGUGCAGAUCUGACGUUUAAGGGAGAACUGGAGGCCCUUGAUAUCCGUGUGGCUGGUGCCUGCGAGGUGUUACCGCACCUCCACAUGAACGAAAGCUAUAGGCUCACGAUUAUUGGAAAAACAGCUGAUCUAUUUGCACCUUCCGUAUGGGGCGCUCUUCGGGGAUUGGAGACGUUCAGUCAGCUGCUGGCUUUUUCUGGACAAGGCGCAAAUUUGAAAAUCCAAACUCAAACAAUUUUUGAUACUCCAAAGUUACCUCACAGAGGCCUACUCCUGGACACGUCCCGUCACUUCUUCCCAAUCUCAGAUAUUCUCCUGACAUUGGAUGCCAUGUCUUACAACAAGUUGAACGUCUUCCACUGGCACAUCAUUGAUGAUAACAGUUUCCCGUAUCAAAGCAAAGCUUUUCCUGAGCUAUCUGAGAAAGGGUCCUGGCUUCCUGGCCUGGUUUACACCGCUGAUGACAUCAAACACGUGAUGGAGUAUGCGAGACUCAGAGGGAUUCGCGUUAUGCCGGAAUUUGACUCCCCUGGCCAUGUUAGAUCUUGGGGGGAGUCACAUCCGGAGAUGUUGACUACUUGUUACGACACGACUGGAGUACCCAAUGGUCGCCUGGGGCCCCUAGACCCCAGCAAGGAAAUAAUCUGGCCGUUCCUGAGAACGCUCUUCAACGAAGUGAUGGAUCUCUUUCAGGAUAAAUACAUUCACCUGGGGGGUGACGAGGUUCCUUUCGAUUGUUGGGCGAGCAACCCUAAUGUACGUGCCUUCAUGACGAGAAAAGGGAUGGGGGCUGAUUUUACACGUCUCGAGAGCAGUUACAUCGCAGAGCUUUUGAAAAUCCCUGCAGCCAAGAACAAAAGCUCUGUUGUUUGGCAAGAGGUGUUCGAUAACAAUGUGGACAUUACAUCAGACACCGUGGUCCACGUUUGGACGGGUUUGUGGUCCAAGGAACUAGAGAAGGUCACACAGGCUGGACACUCAGCUCUGUUAUCAGCCUGUUGGUACCUAGAUCACGUUGCAGGAGGUGGUGAUUGGAAGAAGUACUACAGAUGUGAUCCCCUUGACUUCAAUGGCGCCGAUGUCAAUAGACAUUUGAUGUUAGGAGGAGAGGCUUGCAUGUGGGGUGAGUUCGUUGAUUCCACUAAUGUUCAUCAGAGAAUUUGGCCACGUGCUAGCGCCACCGCCGAACGCCUCUGGAGCCAGGGCGUUGAUACCAUUGAACGUGCAGCCAGGAGGCUUGAGGAACACACCUGCAGAAUGAGGAGGAGGAGAAUCCCGGCACAACCGCCCAACGGGCCCUCCGUUUGUUAUGCUUGAUAAGUUGAAAAUAUUAUUGAAUAUUUGUGUAAAAAAGGAUUUGAUCAGGGAGUUCGAAGCAGCAAUAGUUUGAAUGAUUGAGGGUAUUUUUGGAGGUGAAGGUAUUUUUGAAUAAUAAUAAUUGUGCGGUAGUUCAAUAUAGAUUGUGCUAUUUCUAGAGUUGCGAGAUGGUUGAACUAUUUUUUAAUUGCGAGGUGGUGCUUUCCGGGUGUUUCUCAUAAGGGAAAAGGAUAAAAAGUAAUUUAAAUUGAAUUUACUUUAAAGAAAAGGGUUACAGACGUCAAACAAUUGUAGUUUUGUCUUUUGACGGUCAUAAAGGCGAGAUAGAAACGUAAUAUGAAACUUAAUAUAAAAGAAACAAAUCAUUUUCUAAUUGAAAUGAUAAAAAGCGAAAGAAUGUCUAAGAAAAUAAAAAAAUCAACUGAG